AAAUGUCGUCUGUCUUCUGAGAUGACUUCUAGAAUGUGGUCUUGUUUCAGACCUUUCACCUCACUGAAAAAUCUCACCAUCUCAGACUCAUCUCUCAGCUUCCCUCCAUCUCCUCCUGAGCUACCAUCCGUCACAAAGCUAUCAGUCAAGGGAAAGACGUCGCAAAGCUAUAAUGGUCUAAUCUCAUCGCUCCCUGGUGUGGAAUAUAUCGAUAUAACUACGGAUUAUGCGGAGGGAGACAUUGCUCGUUACACCUCUGCUCUUCGUCUGACAGCAGGGCAGAAACUCAAACACAUACGUCUAUAUGGUCGGUCAUCAUGGUCAUCACUUUCACGAGAGAGGAACCGUGUAUCGAGAGAGACAAUGAGGGGACUGGGUCUGGUCAUCAAAGAACAUACACGGAACAUACAGAAGCUUCAUCUGCGAUGGGUUAGGUGUACAGACGAGGAUGACUUAGUUUACCUUACCGACUGCUGCAGACAUGUGAAAGAGAUAAAAUACGUUGAGUAA